UGCCUGCUCUGCUGCAGAAGUCCACAUAUUAAGCCUGCUGGAACUAAUAAAGCAUCAACAAGAGCAACUUAUAACUAAAGUAAAUUACUUGACGAGCAAGUUGAAUCCAGCAGGCCAAGACAUGGAAAUGCUUGAAAACCCAGUUGUGUUUCCAUUAACAUCCAUGACAGAGGUUGAGAAUUUUGAGGAAUGGCUCAAAAAUCCUGCAAAUAAUCAACUGAAGUUUAGUGUGAUUUCCUCCCUGGCAACUAUUGGGGGCCAUGACACGAAACGUGUCACAUGGAACAUCCUUUCCCGUAUGUUCCAUGACGAUGUUGCGAGGAGAAUCAACUGGAAGGGCAUGAAUGGGAAAAAAUCUUUCAACCAGAUGGAGUCAAAGAAGUUACUCCUGUGUGCUGUGAGAAAGAGCCAUGUCUCCCGUGCCGCCACCGAUGACGACAUUACAAAACGUGUAAUCCGUUGGUUCAACCUGGCAUCAGAUAGGGGAAGCUCAAGGAGCCGUCCCCCCUCGGACACGCUGCUUCAUAAACGGGUCCAGAUCGGAUCCGCGGCGGAUAAGCUGCUUUAUCAGCGGAUACGGGUCGGGUCUGCCGCGGAUCUGGUCUGGAUCCGCAAUCCUUAUCUGUUCCGGAUCCGUUGCGCUGUGCAAGUGGACUCCAUUCCGGACCCGUUUUGCGGAUCCGUUCCGGAGCUUGUGGUACCUCCGUGGCGGAUCCGGUCUGGAGUCAGUUUGCUAGCUGGAUACCACUUGAUGGCUCUCCUGAGACCCAUAUACACCGACCCUUCACCUGCGUAG